AUGGACAUCAGACAACUCUCACAGACCCCGUUAAUGGAGCCAAAUUCGGUACAGCGCCGGCCAUCUAUUUCGUCGCUUUCGUCGGCUUCUGGCUAUGCUAGUUCGACCUACGGCAACAGCAAUUCGUACUCAACUGCCGCCAUUCCACCCAAUACCACGGGAAACUCAUUCUUGAGUUCCCGUGUAACUCAGUCGAGACACUUCGGCCCAACUUCAACCCAAAAUCUGCAACAGUCGCCGCGCGCCUCCCAGAAUGCCCAGGUUUCCAUUAAUCAGAUGGGCCAACAGCAGGGCUUCAACCCGAACUGGCUGCCGCAGACAACUCCGAUGAUGAACGUUGGCCCAUGGAUAGAGCAGCAGGCCCAGGUGGCCCCUGACUUGAACCCUCUAGCCCCAAUCAAUUCCAUCAGCAUGGGUGCUCUCAGCCAAUCGAUGCAGCCUCACCUGUCCGACUUGGACCAGCUUUCGAUGCAGGUCCCUUCAACUGCGCCAUCUCGCAAUAACAGCAUUGGUACAAAGCCCCAGUUAGAUGACAAGAGCGGCAGCGUCAGUGACGAUGAAGCCAAGGAUGACGAUCUGAUUCCUACAGCCAUAGUGAUCAAGAACAUUCCGUUUGCCAUCAAGAAAGAGCAGCUGCUAGAUGUGAUGACCAAACUGUCGUUGCCUUUGCCAUAUGCCUUCAACUACCAUUUUGACAAUGGUGUCUUUCGGGGACUGGCGUUCGCCAAUUUCACAUCCACCGACGAGGCCUCUUUGGUCGUUAACCAACUGAACGGUCGCGAAAUCGGUGGGCGUAAGCUGCGUGUCGAGUACAAGAAGAUGCUUCCUCUUGUGGAGCGUGAAAGAAUCGAGCGCGAAAAACGUGAAAAACGUGGCCAACUAGAGGAACAACACCGUUCUAGCUCGGCGACUUCGUUGGCAUCCAUGUACUCAACAGCCUCGGCUCCAGCCGGAGCUCCAGCCAACAAGUUUGCUCAGCCAACGGACACACCCCAGAAGGGCCAACAGGGCAUUUCUCCAAGCUCGGUUUCUUCAGCUGUUCCAGACAGACUGUAUGCUGCGAUGCCACAACAGCCACCUAUCCCUCCAGCGGGAUUGGAUUUCAACGACCCAGAGGUUCUGGAGCUUUAUUCACAGUUCCUGGUGUUCAGAGACGACAAAGAAAGAGCACACUCUGAGUUGGCAUACGCAGCAGCAUCUUCAGCAUCUCAGCGCAGAGCUAUUCCUCAGCUGUGUGCUUUCAUGGGUCUGAGUGACUCAUACGAGAACGGGCUCGUGAUUGUGAAGCGACUUGCCCCAGUCAACCCGGGCUUGAUCAGAUCCCACUCUUUUACUCUCCAAUCGCAAACAGGUGCGAUUGCUGGCCAGGGCGGUCGCUACAGACAGCAAUCACCCAGAAACGUGGGUAGCUCUGUACCUCAAUCGCAGAGCCAAUCACAACAGUUCUCUGGCUUCCCUCCACAACAGCCACAACAGCAAUCACAACAACAACCGCCGCCUCCAGGACUCCAGUCUAAUUCAUCCACGUCGAAUUUAGCCCUUAACGCUGCCAUGUUGAGAGGCCCAAGACCCAACUCACAGCUGAAUCUGUUGGCACAGCCACAAGGAGCCAAACCGGGCGACUUCCGGAUACAGCAGCAACAGCAAUCUCAGUUCGUGGGGAUGAUGAACAGUCCUAACCCUCAACAACAGCAGCAGCAAACGCCCUUUAUGGCAUUCAAUAACGGUUCCUCGUCAAGCGUCCAGAAGACUGACGAUUUGCCCAUCAGACUGGACUAUCUCAGCUUCAACUGA